GUAUGCCAGCACACAGAAUGCCAGCAGCUGAGCCCCCGCAGCCCCCUCGUCCUGUGUGAGCCUGGUGCCCACCACCUCCAUGGCACCAUGCACUUUGAUGGCCACAUCUCCUUCGACCUGCCCCCACAAGGCUCCAUCCUCGCCCGCAACAUGUCAACUCGCUCCUGCCCCCCACGCACCAGCCCUGCCUCUGAUGUGGAUGAGGAGGAGGAGGGAGCAGUGGAUAGCAGAGGGGAGCAGAGGAACUCAGCGCUGAAGCUGCCCAAGAAGAAAGCAUGGCGCAGGCACACAGACGACCCCAGCAAGGAGUGUUUCACCCUGAAGUUCGACCUCAGUGUUGACAUCAAGGCAGAGAUUGUGCCAGCUGCAAAGAAGAAGUCCCUGGGGGAGGUGCUGCUGCCAGUCUUCGAGAGGAAGGGCAUUGAGCUGGGCAAGGUGGACAUCUUCCUGGACCAGUCUCACACGCCACUCUCCCUCCAGUUUGACGCCUACCGGUUCGGGGGGCACUACCUGCGGGUGAAAGCUAAGCCUGGGGAUGAGCUGACAGUGGAGCAGGCAGCGUGGGAUGCCAGGUCGGCUGGCCUGCCCAUCCUGCACCCUGCCUGCACCGCCACAUCCCUCGGGCCAAUGUCAGAGCUGGGACGCCAGGAGGGACCCGACAGUCUGGCUCCGGGCCGGCGGAGGAAGAACAUGACAGAGUUUCUGGGAGAUGCCAGUAUCCCCAGCCCUGAGCUGGCCCCCCAUGGCAGUGGCUCCCUACCUGCCAACGGCACCGACACCUGGAAGAACCGUGCCGCCAGCCGCUUCAGUGGAUUCUUUGGCUCCGGCAGCAGCACGGGCUCCUUCGGGCGGGAGACGGAGAAGCUGGAGCAGCUGGUGAGCAGGCUCCAUGCCUACGGCACCAUCGGGCUGCCCAAGAUGCCACCCCAGCUCUGCUUUGACCGUGACUCCUGGGAGGAGGAUGGGGACGAGGCUGGACUGGCACUAGAGGACAGCUGGCAGCAGAUCAUCCGGGGUGCAGAGGCCCUGUCGCGCCGGCAGUGCCACCAGCAGGAAGCCAUCUGGGAGCUGCUUCACACCGAGGCCACCUACAUCCGCAAGCUCAAAGUCAUCACCGACCUCUUUCUCUGCUGCCUGCUGAACCUGCAGGAGUUGGGGCUGCUCUGCGAGGUGGAUGCUGAGAAGCUCUUUGGCAACAUUGGAGAAAUCAUCCAGUUGCACCGCAAGCUGUGGCGCAGUGUCAUGGCCCCAGUGCUGGCCAAGGCGCGCCAGACCGGGGCACCACUCGACCCCAUUGACUUCCUCAGUGGCUUCAAGAUGUUUGGCUCCCUCUUCGAGCCCUACGUGCGGUACUGCAUGGAGGAGGAGGGCUGCAUGGAGUAUAUGCGGGCACUGCUGCGGGACAGCGAGCUCUUCCGUGCCUACGUGACGUGGGCCGAGAAGCACGAGCAGUGCAGCCGCCUGAAGCUGAGCGACAUGUUGGUGAAGCCCCACCAGCGCCUCACCAAGUACCCAUUGCUCCUCAAGUCUGUGCUGAAGAAGACAGACGACCCACGCGCUCGUGAUGCCAUCACCACCAUGAUUGGCUCCGUGGAGCGUUUCAUCAACCACGUCAACUCGCGGAUGUGCCAGCGGCAGGAGCAGCAGCGCCUGGCUGCCAUCCUCAGCCGCAUCGAUGCCUACGAGGUGGUAGAGGGCAGCACGGAUGAGGUAGACAAGCUGCUGAAGGAGUUCCUGCGGCUGGACCUGAUGGCCCCCAUUCCUGGCACCUCCCCGGAGGACACCCGGCAGCUCCUUCUCGAGGGAAGCCUGCGGAUGCGGGAAGGUAAAGACAGCAAGAUGGACGUCCACUGCUUUCUCUUCACCGAUCUCUUCCUCAUCACCAAGCCCCUCAAGAAGGCCGAGCGCACCAAGGUGGUCCGACAGCCCCUGCUGAUGGACAAGGUCGUCUGCCGGGAGCUGAGGGACCCGGGCUCCUUCCUUCUCAUCUACCUGAACGAGCUUGGGAGUGCCGUGGCCGCCUACACCUUCCAGGCCAGCGGGCAGUGCCGCAGCUGGGUUGAGGCAGUGCGCAACGCCCAGAACCUGCUGCAGCGGCUGCGGCAGCGCCGGCGGUUGGAGGAGGAGGAGAAGGAGGAAGAGGAGGAGGGUGAGAGCGGUGCCUCGGCCACCAGCUCACCCACUGUCCGGCGCCACGGCAGCACCAGCCUGGACUCACAGCAGUGCCCCUCUGAUGGCUCAACUGAGACCCUUGCCCUGGUGGCAGUGGACGGCGGUGGUGAACUCUCCUCCCCGGACUGGGACACGGGGCCCUUCAGCUCGACCUCGGACGGCUCCUCCAUCGGCACCAGAACCUCCGCUGAGACCCCUACCCAGGAGCUGCCUGCGGGUGCCCUACCUGUACCCGUGCCCCACGGUGCGGAGCCCCCCACUGGUGGCUGCCGCUCGUCCUCUAUCGACAGCGCCUACGGCACGCUCUCUCCUGCCUCCCUGCGGGACUUCAGCCAGCAGCCAGAGGGACAGGAGCCUUCCCCGGCCCCGCGGCCCCCCUCGCCCCGGCUGCGCCGCCGUACGCCUGUACAGCUCCUGCCCUGCCCGGUCAGGGUGCUCAAGUCCAAGUCGGAGGCCAGUCUGCCCCAGCUCCUGCUCCCUGGCUCCCCAGCCCCCCUCAGCCAAAGCCGCAGCCUCUCUGACCUCUGCACCGGCCCCGCUCGGACUCUUGCCCAAGCUCUCGCCCCCGCGGCUGCCCCCAGCAGCAGUGGCAGCUCUACCUCUGAGCUUUCGGAGCCAGAGGAGCCUGUGGAGAGCCGAGCAUCCCUCCCCAGGGAGCUCAGUCACCACCCCCAUCCCGCUGCCCAUCGCACCCUCUCAGACCCGCAGCCAGCACAGCACCGCAAGCUGACUCCGGCGCAGCUCUACCGGAUCCGGACCACGCUGGUGCUCAACUCCACGCUGACUGCCUCGGAAGUCUGAGAGCUGUGGGUCAGCAACAAUGGAUGUCUGGUCACACUGAUGAGCUGCUCCCACUUCUAACUGUGGCGUACUGCUGGGGCCAGGCAUAGCAGCUGCUGGGAUGCCAUGCUGGUGCGCACGCAGAUGGGGAUGCAGACUGGUCCCCUUGGCGAGAACAUGCCCCAGGCAGGGCAGCACGAGGCUGCCUCCUCCCUGGAGUGGGGAUGGACAUGGCUCAUGUAAAACCCUAGCCCACAGAGAUGAAGGUUGUUGGUCGUGGCCCAGCCACCCUACAGUGUGUUGGGCAGGUGGCCCUGGGGCUGUGGGGUGGCUCCAAUGAGUGAGGAAGGAAUGACGAUGUUGGCAGUGGUGAGUGAGGAAGGUGAUGAGAGGGACAUGGUGCCAGUGGCACAGUGCUGCAAGCAGUGCAGUGAGGAGGCUGGGGCUGGUGGCAGGAGGGAAUGGUGCUGAGCUGGGGUGGGCAGUGGUCCCAGGGUCUGGCUGGUGGCCCCAGUGUCUGGCUGUGGCAAGGUUUGCUCUGUGGGGUGGGUUGGGUGGCAGCACCUGGGGACAAACCAUGGGAGUCACAGGGGGAUGUGGUGGUGGCCAGAGCACCAGCUGCCAUCCUGUGCCAGGCUGUACUCCACAUCAAGCAAUAAACCAGCUGGUGCACACCGGCA